GUUCACGUUCUUCCGGUCGUUUUCACGUGUAGGGUCAGCAACGUGCAGCGAGAGGAGUCGGAUCGUGAGGAAUUUUUUUUGUUUAACUUUCAGAUUCAUGCGAUAAAUCUAGUAAAAUGACUGAAGGUAAAACAGAAUUGAAGCGAGCUAAAGAGCUGCUAGCUUUAAAUCCGACGCAGGAGGCCGAGUUCAAGAAGAAAGUUCAAGAGGCGAAGAAGAAGAACAAAUCUAAAAAGGACAGUCUUUUGACUCGAGGGGUGAUUUACGUGGGCCACCUCCCUUUGGGUCUGUUCGAGCCGCAGCUCAGGUCUUACUUCGAGCAGUUCGGGACCGUCCUGCGGCUCCGGCUCUCCAGGAGCAAGAAGACCGGUGGGAGCAAAGGUUACGCCUUCAUAGAGUUCGAGUGCGAUGAGGUCGCUAAAAUUGUUGCAGAAACCAUGAAUAAUUACCUCAUGGGGGAGAGACUCAUCAAGUGUCAGUUGAUCCCGGCAGAGAAGGUCCACGAGAAGCUGUUUGUUGGAUCCCAGAGAGAGUUCAAGAAGCCCACUUUCCCCGCGGUCUCACGCUACAAUAGGAAGCGUUCUGCAGAGCAGGUCCAAACCUUGACAAAGAGGCUUUUACAUAAAGAGUCGAAGCUCCGGAAGAAGCUGUCUGAGCAAGGAAUCGACUACGACUUCCCAGGAUUUUCGGCUCAGGUGCCUCAGAAGAAGUCGUCCUCUGCUGCCGUGAACGAGUCAUCCUGCAGCAACGACCCCACACCCGUCUGCACACCCUCCUACCUGGAGAGGAGGAAGGCCACGGCUGCGGACGACGAAGACGACGAUGAAAUCAUCAUCAACAUGCCGGCGGUAGAGAAGGACGAGGACUGCUUUGUGGUUGAGGACAGCGAUGAGGACGAUGAUUCGGAGAGCUCUGAGGAGGACACGGGGACACAGUGAACGUCCUCAGGGUUGGAUUGUGGACUCUGUCAGAAGAGACUAAAUUUGAACUGAAUGUUCCUCGAGAACAGAACUUUGAAUUCAACCUAGAGGCAGGAAUCUCACGAUGUCGCUGUACUCGUGAUGUUUUUGUUCAUGUCCAGCGUCUUCAUCGUGAGUCCUUUUAAGGCUCUUUGACAAAUUGUCCCCUGCAGCCUCGACGUUUCUUCAGCGUUUCAGCAAACCUGCUUAAAGACAUUUCUGCUAAUGUUAAACUUAUUUUUAAAUUAAGUUGUUAAGCGUUUUUUUUUUGCUCUCGCUCUGCAGUUUGUCAAGGAAACGUUUAGCAGAGAAUUCAUUCAGGAGCAGGUGGAAGAGAGUCUGGAGAGGUGCAGGCAUGCUCUGCAGAGAGGGGGAGGGAAAGUCAGAAAAGGGGCGAGAAUUGAACGAGAAGAAUCCCUUGAAGUAACGCAUGUCACCCGUUUCUCGUCAUAAGGGAUGGAUUUACAGAUGCUUGGCUAAAAUUGAUUAGCUGUGACAGCCAUCUUGAAUCAGGUUGACUCCAACCUGACUCGUCACCAGUGACUCCAUAAGUUAAUCUGUUGUUGACGCUUAUCCAAUAAACAUUUUCUGAAAUCCAUCUUUUUUUAUUUUUACCUGCUUGUCCUUUCCAGACUGCAGGGAGCUGGUGUCUCCAGCUGUUGCUGAGAGAGGCGGGGACACCUGGACGUCUAAUGUCUCAGUUGACUAGUUCAGUCUUUUAAUGGCUGAAAUGUGAUUGGAGCAUGCUGGUGAAGAUUCUCAGUCAUCCAGGACAUGAUGAAUUCAAAAAGCGUUCAAUGCAAAAACAUCUGGACUUUAUUUGUAACAGAAGACGUUUCGCUCCGUGUCAUUGAACGUGAUUGUGAUUGGAGCAGUUUCCAGACAUGGGUU